AUGGUCAGAAAGACACGACAAAGGCAUCAACGAGCCGGUAAACGCGUUUCUCAGAAUCCCAUGAAGCAACGAUCGUCCAGCAACAUGUCCUUCUUCCGCAUCACCCUCCACCGCUCGGCCAUCGGCCUGCCCAAGCGCACCCGCGGCGUGCUCGCCGCGCUGGGCCUCCGCCGGCGCAUGCAGACCGUCUUCCACCCCGUCACCCCCGACUUCGCCGGUAUGGUCUUCAAGGUCAAGGAGUUGGUGCGCGUCGAAGAGGUCGACCAGGCGCUGAGCAAGAAGGAGGUUAAGGCCGAGAGGACGCCGGCGAGGGGGUUCUGGGUUGAGCGUGCGGCGCCGAGGUAA